AUGAAUGGAAAUACUAGGAAACUUACGUUGGAAGAACGGCUCUCUCUAGCAGCUAAAAAGGGUAAAAAAAAACCAAAAAAGAUAGGUUCGUCACCAGCUUCUCAAUCGCCACCGCCAGAUAAUGUUUCAGGCUCCAAACUGGAAACUUCAGAAACGAUUAAAGGUGUCAAUUCGGCAGAAAAUGCAAUAUUAUCGAUACUGACAGACAGUGAGGACAAAACACAAUUAGUCACUACUCAAUCCUCUACUGAAAGGCCUGGUAGUAAAGAGGAGCCUUUAGUACAUGAAAAUGUUGAUAGGCGAGUUUGCUCAUCACCUAUGGAAGAACCUUGGUCGCAAUGGCUUUCGGGAGAUCAAAUGAGUCUGAACGCCGAAGAGCUCUUGAAAACUCUGCGACCACAUGUAGAGGAGCUAGUUAAUGAAAACGAGCGGCUCAGAGAGCAAGCAGCUUCGAGUAAAAGCGCAAAUACAGAAAGUAGCCUUGUCAAGCUUAUCAAGGAAAAAGAUGGUAUAAUAGAUCGAUUACGGCAAGAAGGCGACCAAUUAUCGAAGACAGAACUACGACAAUCUAAUAUAAUAAAAAAUUCAAGAAAGAGGAUAGUUGAGCUUGAAAAUAACUUGGGUACUCUUGAAGACGAUCUUUCUAAGAAAAUUGAACUCUAUGAAAAGCUGUACUCCUCACAUACAGACAGUCUGAAUGAAUUGAAAGGCUCAGAGGCUGCAGUAAUUGAACUUAUAAAAGAUCGUGAAAAGCUCUACAGUGUUGAAUCCAUCCUUAUCGAGAAAGAUGCUAGAAUAAAAUCCUUGGAAAAGGCUCUUGAGACCAAAGAAAAGGACUUAUCUGAAGCAGUCACUUCACAUCAGAAGGAAAGUGAACUCCUGAAACGGACCACUGAAGAGCAAGUCAUGAUUCUGGAAGCAAGCUUGGAGCAACUUAGAAUUGAAUCAGAAAAAUCAUCAGAGAAUGAGCUCUCAGCGAAUUUUAACAGUACUUCAAACUUGCAAGAGCGCUACAAUAGACUUUUUGAGGAUUUCAAAUCUAGUAAGGCGAACUCACAGGCCAUCGAAGAUGCCCUGAACAGCAAAGUCUCUGGUUUAGAGUCGCAGAUUGAAGAUAUGACGCUCACUUAUGAUCGAUACAGUCUACAAAUAGACGAUAAUAUAAAAAAAAAUUCUGAACUCGAACUGAAACUUCACAAAUCCGAACAGAUGCAUCAAGACGACAUGAAUAAAAUCAAUGAAUUGCAAAGUACAAUCGUCUCUCUCGAGGCAUCGAUUCGAAAUUUGAAUGAUGAUUACAGUCAUUUGCAGCACAAAUAUGAUAUUCAAAAGGAUCAGCUAGAACACAACAUUGACCAGCAAAAGACGAAAAAUGGCCUGCAAAUUAUUCUUCCUGAAUCACAUCAAACUAAGGAUUUCGAGUCGGAUGCUGCCAAACUGGAUGACAACUGGAUUAUAACACAAAAUUCUUCUCUAGAAGUCAUGGAAACUCCAAAAAUCUUAAAAGAACCAUUUUUGACCAAAGAUGAUAAUAGCUUAUUAUCACAAGUCGAAAAAUACGACAAAUACGAUAUGUCUAUGGAGUUAGAUGAUAUGCCCGAUGAAGCAUCUGAUUUAGGAUCGUUAAACAGGGAAACGUCUUUCAGGAAUAGCAGCUCUAGAAAUCUGAAUAGAUACAGCUCUGAGCUAGGCUCCUCAGCUAGGAUGAACGCUCAGGUAGUCAGUAAACUUGGAGCUGAGAUUAGAAAAUUUGAAGUUGAGUUAUCAUCGCUUCAGAAUUUAUGUGAUAAAACGCAGAAAGAGAGGAACGAAGCGAAUGAUGAAAUAAUAAGGUUAUUGGAAGAAAAUGAAAAAGUAAAUCACUUAAUAACCGAAAACUUGAAUCUGUCAAGGCAGGUGGAAGAGCUUGGCGCAAAACUGGACGCAUCCUUGCAGUUGUUAGGCGAAAAGACAGAGCUAGCCGAAGAGCUUGAGAAUGACGUUGCAGACCUUAAAGAUAUGAUGAGGCAACAAAUACAGGAUAUGAUUAAACUUCAGGAAAAAAGGUAG